AUGACCGCGCCACAGGAAGAAUCAGGUCCCCCGCAGGGCGAGCAAUUACGCAACCCUAAUGACCGCCCCGAAUGCUUCUCCAGUACCCUGCAAGAGUGCCUAUUUGUCUUGACGACGACGAUGGCUAUCGCUCAGACCUCAUUCUUUGAGGGCCUGGUUCUUGUCGUGUCUGCUUCCAUCGGAAAAGAUCUUAACAUGAGCUCUGCUGAAAUCACAUGGAUUACCGCCGGCGUUUCACUCACGAGCGGCGCAUUCCUGUUGGCGUUUGGAAAAGUGGCUGAUAUGUUCGGCCGCCGAAUAAUGUUCAUGGCCAGCAUGGCGGGCUUUACGGUCGCAUUGGUAAUCGCCGGAUUCGCCAACGCAGCUAUUUAUAUGGAUGUAUUCUCGGGCGUCAUGGGUAUUUUUUGCGCUUCUGCCGUACCACCGGCGGUCGGAUCGCUGGGGGUUGUGUAUUCAAAACCUUCGAAACGAAAAAAUCGUGCUUUUGCCUGUUUCAGUGCCGGAAACCCAUUGGGCUAUGUAGGGGGCAUGAUUAUCUCCGGUGUUGCGUCUCAAGUUGGUAACUGGAGAAUUGCUAUUUGGACAUUGGCUGUGAUAUACGCUAUUUUUACUUUUUUGGCCGUCUGGACGGUUCCUAACGACCCGCCAAUGGCCAAAGCAAAGUUGAAUUGGCAAUCAAUGAAGAGACUAGACCCUAUUGGUAUGUUGUUGGCAAUUUCUGGUAUUGCUCUGUUUUCGACUGCAAUUUCGACGGCUGGAGACGCAUCCAAUGGCUGGAAAACACCAUACGUCAUUCUGCUACUCGUAUUGGGGAUUGUCCUUAUUGCUGCUUUUUUGUUCUGGGAAUCGAGAUAUUCAACUCCUUUGAUGCCUCUUUACGUCUGGCGGGAUCGGAACUUUUCUCUGCUAAUCGCAUCUCUCUGUCUUGGUUUCAUGGGAUUUAUCAGCAAAAUCACUGCUCGUUUGCUGCCGAUGAUUAUCAACGGAAUCUUGGUCAACGUUGUCUGCGGUCUCAUUCUGCACAAAGUCAGUAACAAGUUGCUCAUGCUUAUUGGCGCUACGGCGUACAUGACUGCGUUCCUUAUUAUGAGUUUUACACCGGAUGAUGGCACUUACUGGGUCUGGUAUUUCGUGCCGCUAAUGUUGAUGGUUGUUGGGGCUGACACUGAAUUCAACGUGGUCAACAUGUAUGUCAUGUCCAGUCUUCCAUCGUCCGACCAGUCUCUUGCCGGAGGCAUUUUCAACACUGCGUCUAAGUUCUGCGCCAACACCAGUCUUGGCAUCACGACUGCUGUUUAUAACUCUGUCCGCAACCAGGGACCGGCAAGUCCAAUCAAACCGUACUUGUCAACGUACUGGUUUGCUGCAGCGUCAGCCGGUCUGGGGGUCUUCUUGAUACCUUUCUUAAAGCUGGGAACGCAGGGACACGAGGACAAGACCAACUCGUCUGACGAAGAUACACUAGACACACCUAAUGUUGGCGCAAACGCUGAGACCAAAAUUUGA